AACUGGAAUCAAUUUGCACGAGAAACUACAAAAAUUUUUAAUCGAAAUCGCCAGGUUGCAAGGAGACUCGUUCAUUGUCCAAAAGUACACUUGGUAUUCGUACAGUUGUGUCUUAGAAGACUAUGUGAAAAAGCUUUGAUUAAUGUGAAGAAAGUUAUUGGCCUUGAAACGUCCUAUGGGCGAGGCUACAACUCGUUUAUUCACGCAAUCGCCAAACUCGUCGAUACCGAAAAUCUUCUUCCCGUUUCAUUUAAUUUACAAGCGAAUGGUGAGAUGAAGCAGUCAAUUGAAACAGAAAAGAAGAAUCUUAAGCAGUGGAGGCAAGAGAAAGACCGUUUUCAAUAUGAAGCAAAAUCACAAGCUAAAAUUAUUGACGAAGAAAUCAGGAGAUACCAUGAUAAAUACCGUGAAGUCAUCCGCAGCAAAGCAGAAUAUGAAAAAAUGGAAGAGGAUAAGUUGUGUUCAAAGUUGGAUGUCGAGCGUGCUCUUCAAAUGUACAGUCAGAAACAUAGUGAUUUCAAGCGUGCCCAUUCCGAUUACGUGGCAGCUUUGGACCAAUUUAAUUUGAACCGUCGAUAUCACUACGGUAAUACUCUGAAAAGAUGGGGCGAAGCUGGUCAAGCACUCGAGUCAUUUCGAGUAACAAAAACACAGGAAAUAAUAUCUGUGCUGGUUGAGCGCCUUCGGGUAAUGAUUGACCGCUUGCUUACCGUUUGCACCGACCUUGAAGUUGCGGCAGCCACUAUGGACGCAGAGAAGGUGAGUUCAUAA